AUGUCUGCAUCGCCGACCAUCGCAGCCUCUACCAAGCGUCCGCUUGAGGAGCCCUCAUCUCCUGCCGGACCCAACGAUCAGCCUGACGCUAAGCGCCCCGCCCUCGACAAGAUGGUGAAGGAAGAGCCCAAUGCCGACGACAUUGAGACGGCGCAGCCCGUCAAGGGAGAAGGCGUUGCUACAGAAGACAUCAAGACAGAAGACAUUAAGCCAGAAGACGAGACUGCUGAAGUGGCUGCUCAGAACGGCGACGAGCACGCCCAAGCAGACACGAUCGUUCCUGAUGCUCCCGCUAUCUUGGAGACUCAGCCUAUUCAAUCCACUUCUGGCGCCAAUGGCCGUCCUGGCAACAGCAACCAGCAGGUUGACGAGUCAAACUGGCUGCACCUGCGAGCCUGCAUCGGCACUAGCGAAGCCGCGACUAUUAUUGGCAAAGGUGGAGAAAAUGUGACCCAGAUUCGACGCCUCUCUGGUGCGAAGUGCACAGUCAGCGACUAUUCACGAGGCGCUGUUGAGCGCAUCCUUACCGUGAGUGGUCAGGUUGAUGCGGUGUCCAAAGCGUUCGGCUUGAUCGUGCGCACCCUGAACCAGGAAGACCUCGAGAACCCUUCCACUUCCACCUCAAAAGCCUACCCCAUGCGCCUGCUCAUUCCCCACAUUCUCAUUGGCUCCAUCAUUGGUAAAGCCGGUGUUCGUAUUCGUGAGAUCCAGGAGGCAUCCAACGCAAAGCUGAAUGCUUCUGAUACCCUCCUGCCUAAUUCUGGCGAGCGAUCAUUGGUUGUCCUUGGUGUCGCCGACGCUGUGCACAUCGCUGUGUACUAUGUUGCUCAGACCUUAGUGGAGCAGCUAACAGAGCGUUUCGGUGGCCCUGCCGCGUCUCAGUACGCAACACGCAGUGGUAUGGCCGCUAACGUUGUCCCUGGAGGCAUGUCCGUCCAACCAUACGUUCCUCAGCCAGCUGGAGGGCAGUACUCACAGCCUCACCCAAACAACUUCCGCCGACCAGAACCCCAGCGCACUCCUCAGCAUGGAGGAUACGGCGCUCCUCAUAUGCACGGCCAGCCGCCCCAACAGACACCAUAUGGACACCCUAACAUGCCUUAUGGAGCUGGCUCACCUGGUCGAGCUCACUAUGGUGGCCCAGCGCAGCCAACGCCGUACGGUGGGCACCAUGGUGCAGCACCCGUUGCACACGGUGGAGCGCCCAACCAGCCGCCAGUCCAGAUGCCAGGUCAGCCCCUCACACAGCAGAUCUUCAUCCCCAACGAUAUGGUGGGUGCCAUCAUUGGCAAGGGCGGUGCGAAGAUCAACGAAAUUCGUCAGCUCAGUGGCAGUGUCAUCAAGAUCAACGAACCUACAGACAACAGCAACGAGCGCCUGGUCACGAUCACAGGAACACAGGAGUGCAACCAGAUGGCACUCUACAUGUUGUACUCACGACUCGAAUCGGAGAAGCACCGUAUCUAG